AUGCCUUCCUCAUCAAGCUUUCUCGCCCUUCCCAGGGAGUUACGCAACUCGAUCUAUGAGUACGCGCUCACCUCAACAACUGGACUGUACUACCGAGAGCCAUCAGAGCUUGACCACGAGUACAAAAACACCAAGCCGAAAUCCUACCAAAAGCCCAGGAUUCGCAAGCCCAUAUUAUACAUCCGUCACUACGAAACCCACGACAUAAGAGCCUCGGAUGAGUUCAACCAGCUGGCCUACGUCAACCGCCAGAUCCGAGCAGAAACCACCACGCAGGAAUUGAAGUACAACAAGAUCCACUUCCGGCGCCACCGCGACGACCAGCGCCUCGCAAGCCUCCAGCUCAUCUCCUUCCUCAAAUGCAGGUCCGUCACCACAGCACCGUGGCCCAUUGAAAUCGCCAUCACCGACUUCGACACGGAACAGGUACCGAUAGAACUACUCGCUCUCCAGGUCACCAUGCAACACGGAACGGAGCUCAACCGUCUCUGCAGCGAGCGGCCAAACGUCUCCGUGCAAUUCACUCUCUCCGGUUGGCGUGGCGCAAAGGACAACACGAAAGCCUGCAUGAGCUUCUUCGUUGUCCUGGGGAUUUGUCUGAUGGAUGCUCUCCGUGGUAAGCAGGCAUCUCCCUGCCUGCUUCGCCCGGGUAGUCGGUGUCAGACGAGGGUGAACAAGAUUCUGAAAUCGAUUACGAAGGACCGUCUUCAGGGAGAUGGCGAUGGGAUGCUAACGCGGGCUGCGAAUCUGAGGGUUGUGCCUGAUGAGGGCACGGUUUGGGAUGAGGAGAAGUGGUUGGCGUUUAUGGAUGGUGAAGGGGGGGCGGAUUACUUCCAUCGGGAGGAGACGUUGGAGCAAGUCAAGCGGUGGAUCGAAGAGGGCAUAUAA